GGAAAUGUGAUGCUAAAAAUAAGGUAGAGGGAUGGAAGGAUGAGGAUUCAGGCAACCAGAAAAAUAGGAAACAACCCAUUGGGUUUCUCUGUUGCAGCUGGCCGGUAAAGGGAGUGUUUGAGAAAUGAGUGUAUGUGGUUGAAACGGCUUUGCUUAUAAUCCCGUGCCGUGUGAGCAAACAUUAAUCAUCUCACCUUCAUCAUUCCCACACCACUUUGCAUUCAAACACAGAGAUGGAAUGGGAGAACAAGAAGAGAAGACGAGAGGAGGAAGACAAUCUGGACAAGUCAGCAAAGAAGCAAGAUAUCAAUCAUUAUGAUCAUAAUAGUACAAGUGAUGUAAUUGAAGAGAGUGAUGGUUAUUUGUCACCUGAAAACAAUUUGGCAUUAGGAGUAUUUGAUUUCCCGUGGUUGCAUGAAGAUGAAGGCAUGAUCUGGAAAUUAGAAGAGUGCAAUUUUGAAGACACCUUCUCAUCAUCACUGGAGAACAACACCACCUGGUUUGAGUUUUCUGGGCAGAGUUGCAUGUUGGAAACGUGCAUCACUUUCCCAGAGUACAAGUUUGAGGAAAAUGUUUUGUGGCCGUUGAAAGGCGACGUGGGGCUGGAAAUGGACUGCAUCUGGGGAUGCCUGCAACAGGGUCAGCAGGGUGCUUCUAAAUCUAAUGAAUGACUAUGCCGAGUACUGACCCAUUUUUGUUAAUCAGUCGUCCUUUUUUUUAUUAUUAUUUUUUUAUGGGGGGCAUUUUGUCCAUAAACAUUUUGUUACUACAUCUCUUGCUCACUGGUUAACAUCAAAAUCAAUGGAAGAUUGAAGA